AUGAGUGCAUCGUGUUACGAUGUGAUCGUAUGCUGGGAUACUCACGAGGACAUUGGCACUUCGUCCGUGGAGGGCAUCGUUGCCCCUGAGCCGAUGGACGAUCCACAGGACUCGGCCGUUGCCAAGGAGGAGGGCUCGGAGGAAGACGAAGAUUCUGAGGAGGAAUACGACAGAAGGGAGGGCUUGUGGCCGCUCGAGAAGUUGAAGGCCCGGCUCGAGGCUGUGGCGCGAGGGGUCGCGCUAGGCGGCAGCACAUCUGCCAGUCGAAAAUUGGCAGUCCUGCUGACGACCGGUGCCAUGAAUCCUCCGCAUCUGGGGCACACGGAGCUGGUGCAAAAGGCUGCUGAGCGGCUGAGGAGAGCAGGCUUCGAAGUGGCCGGGGCCUGGAUCUCACCAUCUCACGAUGGCUAUGUGCAACCCAAGGCUCGGAAGCUGGGAACGAUAGGCCUCUCGUCACCGUUCCGCUUGGAGGCUGCGAGAAGAGCCGUGCGAAGUGACGAUCUCCUGGACGUUGCUAGCUGGGAGGCACAGAAGCCGGGACGCUGGCCAGACUUUCCGGAGGUCGCUGUGGCAUUGCAGAGAAAACUGGAAAGCACGGAAAAGGCAUGGAAGCUGGACCAGAGUUUCAAGGUCUUCUAUGCAUGUGGAACGGAUCAUGCUAAGAGCAAUGGCCUCUACAAGGGCCUUCUGCCGGAGAGGGGACUGGGUGUGGUCGUGGUCCCCCGGGCUGGUGAUGCUGCGGAAGCGGAAGUGCCAGAGAAGUCUGUCUACGUGGCAGAGGGCAUCUUGGGAGAGGGAUCGUCUUUCAGCUCCACCAUGCUCAGAACCGCGUUUAAGUCACGGAGAGCGACCCCGGUGGUGAAGAAGACGGUCGCCGACGAGGCUGCCUCCUUCCUUCUUCGACCCACACGCGAGGAGUUCUUGAUGUUUCCGGAGGACUUCGGCAAACUCGGCAUAGCCGGACUCCCAGCGCCAGCGGCUGGAGCUGGUUUGCAGUUCUUUACGCCAGGCUGGACUGCGCUGAAGCAACAGCUUGCUAGGCGCGGCGCAACCUCAGGCCAGAGCCAGGGAGUUCUCAUUUAUCCGAAGCAAUUCGGGGCCGACGAACUUGACAGGGGCCUGGCAUGGGCGCUCCCCCACAGGGGCCAAGCUGUGCGAGCACCUGUUGGUGGGCAGAUGGGAGAGAUGAGUGGCCAGAUGGGCCCGGGCCAGAUGGGCCCUGGCCCGAUGGGCCCUGGUGCGAUGGGUCCGGGCCAGUUGGGUCCAGGCCAGAUGGCUCCCGGCCAGAUGGCUGGCCAGAUAGGAGGACAGAUAGGAGGCCAGAUGGCGCCUGGAAACUUUCCGCCACCAGCGGUAAACAACUACGACGACGACAUCGAAAACGAGCCGCCCCUCCUCGAGGAGCUCGGCAUCAACGUUGAGCAUAUCCUCCUUAGAAUGCAGGGGGUAGCGUUCUUCAAAAAGCUGGACGAGGAAAUUCUCAAGGAUGCUGACCUGAGCGGCCCCUUGCUCAUUUGCCUAACAUUGGGCAUGGCACUCCUGCUUGUGGGCAAGCUUCAGUUCGGGUAUGUCUACGGUUUGAUUGCUGGUGGCUCCUUCGGCAUUUGCUGCCUCAUAAAUGUGAUGAGCCAGAAGGAAGGCAUCGACCUUUACAGAACAAUUAGCAUCCUUGGAUAUGGGCUAAUACCGAUUGUUUUCCUCGCGCUCUUCGGAAUUCUGGUUUCCCUGAAGUCCACCUUUGGUUCCAUCAUGGCCGCAGUCUGCAUAGCAUGGGCAACUGCGUCGUCCUCGAGAUUCUUCGCGAUUGCGAUACAUAUGCAGGACCAGAGGUGGCUGGUCGCUUAUCCUGUUGGUUUGGUGUACACAUUCUUCACGCUGAUCACCAUUUUUUGA